AUGGCGGCCAUUACCAAGCCCAGCCUGCUCCGCCUUUUCACAGCCUCGCUGGCCAGGCGCCCUGCCGCCGCCGCCGCUGCCGUCGCCACUACGGCAAGCCGUGGCACGGGUUCUGCCCUGCUGCGCAGCGGCCACGGCUGCCACAGGCUGACCCAUGCGGCCCAGCGGCUGGCGGCCCUGCACGGCUCCGCGGUGGUGUGCUCUGCUGCAGGCGACGACGUGGUAGAGGUGCAGCUGAAGGUGGAUGGCAUGGUGUGCGAGGGCUGCAGCUCGCGGGUGGAGGAGGCACUGCAGAAGAUGGCGGGCGUGAAGAAGGUGCAGGUGGACCUGGAGAAGGGGCUGGCCACGGUGCAAGUCGAGGCGGCCUCGCAAAUCGAUGCCUUCAACGCCGUUCAGCCGCUGGCCGAGGCCAUCAAGGGGCUGGGCUUUGAGGCUGAGCCGCACUUUGGGGAGGGCUGA